CCGGGAACCUCCUCAUGGGGCUGGCAAAAUUUGGACCUUCUCCCAUCCUCAUCAUCGCCGGGAGAGCCAUCACAGGCCUGUACUGCGUUUGGGAAGCUGUUUCUGUGAUUGCCGAGCUGCCAGCUGGAAGACGUGACGCCCGUGUAUGCUCUGUGCAGGACUGUCCUCUGGACUGGUACCCUUGUACGUCAGUGAGGUCUCUCCCACGGCCCUCCGAGGAGCGCUGGGAACACUGCACCAGCUUGCUAUCGUCACGGGUAUUCUCAUCAGCCAGGUCCUUGGACUAGACUUUCUGCUGGGCAAUGAUGAGAUGUGGCCCCUGCUCCUUGCUCUGUCUGGUGCGGCUGCUCUCCUGCAGUUCUUCCUGCUCUUGCUGUGUCCUGAGAGCCCCAGAUACCUUUACAUCAAACUGGGAAAAGUGGAGGAAGCUAAAAAAAGUCUGAAAAGGCUUAGAGGAAACUGUGACCCAAUGAAAGAGAUUGCCGAGAUGGAAAAGGAAAAACAAGAAGCUGCUAGUGAAAAGAAAGUCUCCAUAAGGCAGCUUUUCACCUCUUCGAAAUACAGGCAGGCAGUCAUAGCGGCGCUGAUGGUUCAGAUAUCCCAGCAGUUCUCAGGAAUCAAUGCGAUCUUUUACUACUCUACAAACAUUUUUGAGAGAGCUGGAGUUGAUCAACCAGUUUACGCAACCAUUGGCGUUGGAGUGGUGAACACAGUCUUCACUGUUAUCUCUGUCUUUCUUGUGGAGAAGGCAGGGAGACGCUCCCUGUUCCUGUCUGGUUUGAUGGGUAUGUUGGCAAGUGCUGUGGCCAUGACGGUUGGACUUGCACUCCUGAGCCAGUUUGCCUGGAUGAGCUAUGUUAGCAUGGUUGCAAUCUUUCUCUUCGUCAUUUUCUUUGAAGUUGGGCCUGGGCCCAUCCCCUGGUUUAUCGUAGCCGAACUCUUCAGCCAAGGCCCUCGCCCUGCUGCCAUCGCAAUCGCUGGCUUCUGCAACUGGACCUGCAACUUCAUCAUUGGAAUGUGUUUCCAGUACAUUGCAGAUCUGUGUGGACCAUAUGUGUUCGUGAUCUUUGCAGCUCUGCUUUUAGCCUUCUUUCUAUUUGCGUAUUUUAAAGUACCAGAAACAAAAGGAAAGUCGUUUGAAGAGAUCUCAGCUGUGUUCCGCCGCAAGAAGCACUCAGCCAUUAAAGGUGCCAAAGCCAUGACUGAGCUGGAAGACCUGCGAGGCAGCGAGGAGGCCUAGAAAUCACAACACACAACAAAAAGAAGGGAUUAAGCGUCGACUUCCUUUAAACACAAUGGAAAGAACCUUAGGCAAAAGUAUCAUUUCACAAAAACCUUGCAGCUUAAAAACCAGGAAGAUAAACCAGUCUGAUGCCUUCUUACUGCUGUGGCUAGUAAUGUUUGCACCUUAGAGCUGCAGGUGCUAACUUGGUAUUUUACUCUAAAAUACUCCAUAUAACUGGAUUCCAUAAAGAGCCACGCGAAAGGAAGGAAGGAAUAUGUUACGUGCACAUCUUCAUGCCCCGCUGAAACAGCCCAGUAGAAUAAUGGUCUUAGCUGGCAGAGCAUAUAAAUUGAACAGGGUCAUAAGUCAGAUGGAACGAAGGAAAAAGGAAUUGGGUGAUUCUGUAUUUUUACAUGUUCACCUUUUCUGUUCGCGUCUGCUAAGCAGCUGAGUGAUCUGAAAGCUUGGAAGCCAAGCGCUACUGUAGUUGUAUUAUCAGCACUGACCACGUUAGGUGCUAAGUAUGAUAGACUCGGCAAAGUCCUUCUUACUCUUACCUGUACAGAGAAAGAAGGUAGAUCCCAUUUGAAUUGGUUGGGAUGCACCUCUCUUGCUUUGCUGUCUAAGCAUCAUGGAAUGGGUGCCCAAUCUCAUAAGGAUUUCUCGAGUCCCAACAUAUUUGAGGAGAAUCUUAGAAACUCUGGCUGUGUUGAA